AUGUCCGUCAGACUAGAAGCGAGCGCGCCGGGCGAAGACGAAGCGUCGUCGUCUUCACGAGUGCGCAUGCUAAAUCAUUUAACACCCGUGCGCGCCUCGGAGGAUCUCACAGCGCAAGAGUGUGCAUCUGAUGCGGUGAUAUUGUUGAACUUCGACGUUCCAUCCAACGCGCUUGGGCUUUGGAUGCGGUGCGGGUACAGGGUGUGCGCGGACGGCGGCGCAAACAGAGUGCGCGACCUGCAGGAUGAAUACGAGCGAGCGACACACACGGUGAAGUACGCAGGCGAUUCGGUGUUUAAACACCCGAAUCGCAUCGUCGGGGACAUGGACAGUGUGUCGGCAUCAGUGAUGGCGAUGUACAGGGACGAUCCGAGGUACGGGUGCUGCGUAGACGAUCAGAGAGAGGAUCAGGAUUCGACGGAUUUCGUGAAGUGUCUGCGGGCAAUCGUGCAACACAGACCAGAAAUCAAGCGUGUCUUCACCCUGGGCGCGCUCGGGGGACGACUCGAUCACAUCUUGUACAACAUGAAGACGCUAUUUGAUUUUCCAUCGUUGGAGAUUGUGCUCAUCGGAGACCACUCGACGGCGUUCGCCGUACCUUCAGGGAGAACCAUCGUCAAGCGCGAUAUGAGAUACGAAACCGUUCACUGCGGAUUGGUCCCCUUGCAAGGAGACGCGCGAGUGAGCACGAAGGGUUUGAAGUGGGAUCUUAACGACGACGUCAUGUCGUUCAACUCGGGUGGACUCAUUUCGACGAGCAAUCAGUUUGACGCCGACGUAGUCGUCAUCGACACCGACACGCCGUUACUGUUUACUUCGUCGCCGUCGGUUCCAUUGCGAUCCGAUGGCAUCUGA